CUUACCAGGUGUUAUGUCAUUAUGUUUACACAGUUUUCUUACUUCUAUUUUAUUAAUUAUUUUGUUACAAUAGUAUGACUCAUUAAUUAUAAACAAUUGUUAAACAGCUCAUGGAUGGUACAGAUUUUCUUUUGGGAGGAAUAGCCUCAAUGGGAGCUACUCUUGUAACUAAUCCACUAGAAGUAGUUAAAACGCGUAUGCAAUUGCAGGGUGAGUUAGCAGUCAAAGGGAGUUAUGCUAAACCGUACAAAAGUGUAGUUGAUGCGUUUAUAACGGUAGCAAAAAAUGACGGUUAUUUGGCAUUGCAAAAGGGAUUAGUACCUUCGUUGUAUUUUCAGUUCGGAAUCAAUUCUGUUCGGUUGGGAGUUUAUAACACCGCUUAUGAAAACGGUCUGACUAAGGCUAAGAAUGGCAACCAAUCUCUAUGGAAAUGCGCGUUUUGGGGAGGAUUAGGUGGUUUUAUUGGAUCAGCAAUAUCCAGCCCAUUUUUUAUGCUUCGUACACAUUUACAAUCACAGGCAGCUGCCCAAAUCGCCGUUGGCUAUCAGCACAAGCAUACUAGUAUGUUUGGCGCGUUGAGAGAGAUCUUUGGAGCACAUGGCUUGAAAGGUUUAUACCGGGGAGUUUCUGUGACAUUACCACGAGCUAUGCUGGGUAGUGGAGGCCAAUUGGCUGGCUUUGGAUAUACCCGAGAUUUACUCACUGGACAUAGACGCUAUUCCCUCAAGUCCGAACGAUUGGUAUCGUUUAUUUCUGGAAUCGUCGCAGGUACAGUCAUGGCUAUAACGAUGACACCUCCGGAUGUAGUAGCCACGCGCCUUUAUAAUCAGGGAGUGGAUGUUAACGGGAAAGGUAUAUAUUAUACCGGUGUAUUCGACUGUUGUGUUAAAAUAAUUAAAACUGAAGGAAUCGCAGGACUAUAUAAAGGCUUCUGGCCGCAUUACAUGCGCAUAGGGCCUCACUCUAUGCUGGUACUAUUUUUUUUCGAUGAAUUGAAAAAGAUUAGAAAAUCAUACUAUCAAAAAAAGCAAACAAAACUGUGAUAAUGCUUUCUUAUGUAUAAUAGGUCGUCACUUAUAGUUGAAUUAAAUUGUCUAUUGACAAAAUAA